GCACGUGUCUUUUUUAUUUUUUAAAGCGCUCGUGCCUCCAGCUCUGCUCUCAGCUGCUGCCGAGGCGGAGGAGGAUGAUGGCGGAGUUGCUUCAUGGACAGGCCUCGGUAGCUCCGAAAGAUGACUUCGCGGACACAAUUCGCCGGGUCCGACAGAUGGCAGCAAAAAUGGGAGGAGACCAGAUGCCCAACAUGAACAACUCAAGUCCAGUUAUAGAUGCCUCUCUGUACAGUUUUGGGGCCCAUAAACGGUCACCAGACAAUGGAGGCAAUCAGUUCAGUGCAAUGCUAAAUACAAGGGCUCUUACCACAGAAGACUUCAAAGUGCCUGAUAAAAUGGUGGGAUUCAUUAUCGGGAAAGGUGGCGAGCAGAUAUCAAGAAUUCAGCUGGAGUCGGGUUGUAAAAUUCAGAUUGCGUCAGACAGUGGAGGGAUGCUGGAUAGACCUUGCACACUCACUGGAAGCCCAGAAAACAUUGAGCAGGCCAAGAGACUCUUGAAUGUGAUUGUGGAGCAGUGUCGGUAUGGGCCAGGCUUCCACAAUGAGAUGGACGGCAACAGUGCCAUCCAACAGAUCCUUAUCCCUGCCAACAAAGUGGGGCUGGUCAUCGGCAAGGGAGGAGAAACCAUCAAACAACUCCAGGAAAGGACAGGAGUGCAGAUGAUGAUGAUUCAGGAUGACCCCAUGCCCACCGGGGCAGACAAGCCCCUAAGAAUCACUGGAGACCCCCUCAAAGUCCAGCAAGCUCGUGAACUUGUGGCAAAACUAAUCCGAGACAAAGACCAGGCCGAGUUCAGAUCAGGCAGAGGAGACAAUGGAUACAAAAUUGGUGGCACCACCCUCGAUAUGGCUGUUCCCAGGUUUGCUGUUGGCAUCAUUAUUGGUAGAAAUGGUGAAAUGAUCAAAAAGAUCCAGAACGAUGCUGGUGUGAGGAUUCAGUUUAAACAAGAUGAUGGAAUAAGUCCUGAACGAGUUGCUCAGGUGAUGGGUCAACCCGAGAACUGCCACCAUGCAGUGCACCUCAUUAAUGAACUGGUUCAAACUGCUCAGGAGAGAGAUGGUUUUGGAGGCAUGACUGGACGCCGUGGUCGUGUGGACUGUAACGUUGGAGGGCUCGGUGGUUUGCAGGAGGUGACUUAUGCCGUACCCGCCGACAAGUGUGGUCUGGUCAUUGGAAAAGGUGGAGAAACCAUCAAAAAUAUCAAGGAACAGUCAAGAGCUUUUGUAGAACUGCAACGCAACCCACCCCCAAACACCGACCCCAACAUGCGCAUCUUCUCGAUCCGCGGGACCCCUCAGCAGUUGGAGAAGGCUCGUCAGCUGAUCGAUGAGCGGAUUGGGGGUCCUGGAAUCGGGGGUAACGGCAGCUUCAGCGUGAGCCCCUACAGCCAAGGACCAUCCACUCCACCACAACAUGGGCCUCAGACCUACAUGACUGGAAGAUGGGGCACUUCAUUUCAGAUCUGGCAGCCUCAAGGCCAACAGGACCACAGUCACAAUGGGUCCCAGACAGGCCAGAUGGACUGGGAGCAGUAUUAUAAAAAGCUCGGCCUACAAACCCAAACUCAAAGCAGUCCUGAAUACAAGGCUUGGGGACAGACGUCUGGCUCUUCAUCUCAACAAACUUCAGCCGACUACAACGCCUGGGUGGAUUUUUACCGACAGCCGAUGGCCUUCUUUAAUCAGGGUGCACAGCAGACCACAGCUCCAGGCCUACAGGAUCAUUAGGAUAUUAAGGACUUGAAUCACAUAAAGGAUGGAGGCGACCCAUUUUGUAAGGGUUUUAGAUUUGCAGCGCCGUGAAGAUCUGAUCUUGGUGAGCAACACUAGCUGUAGAAUAAUAAAGUAAUAUUUCUAAAUUAAUCAGGAACUUUUGUUUGUUACUAAAUGCUUCUGUACACUGUUAUUUUGAAUAGAUUGUAUUAAGAAUCCCUUUUGGACUUGAGCUAUUUGGUUUAUGUUUUCAUGUCUGACACAGAUUGUACUGCCAAAACCAAUCCAACUGUUGUAACAUUUCAAAAGGCAAUAUAAUCUAGUUUUCUUGAAAUACAAUGAAACUAUGAUAAUUUGCUUAGCAGUCUUGAAUAAUGUUGUAUGUCAUUAAAUGUUGAAAUGUGUAAGUUUUCCUUCAUAAUUCAGUGAGCCAACACUGUUACAGAAAUGUAUUUUUUGUUACAAGGUUUAAGCUAAGGAUUCAAUCCGUGAGUUAUUUUAAUUUAAUUCUUGUGCAUUGUAAGAUGUUUUUCAUUGUCAUUUUAUUGUUGUCUCGUUUAAAAGAAGGUGCAAUAUCUUAUUUCACUUUUGAAACAAAGAUGCUUUCCUAAUACUUUGACAAAGUUUUAACUUGUAGUUUUAACUUUUUUUUUUCUUCUCAAAAUGAAAUGUCAUUGAUAAUUUAUUGCAUUGAUCUGAUGUAGGAUUAAUGGGAAUGUUGCAUAUAGCUUUGUUGCCUUUACUACCUUUGUAAAACUGUAUAUAUGCUCAUAUUUGACUGUUAAUUUAAAAUGUAUAUGUUUCAGUACUUUCCUGUAUCAUAAUUACAGGGAACGGUCCCUUUCUGUUUUUCAUACUGAAAAUGUUCAAAGAGCGUGAAUGUCUUGAAAUUUGAUGUUGCAUCUUUAUGAAGAAAAUAACUGGUUGAUUUUGUGUAUUCUGUGUAUCAUAACUGUUCAAGACUGCUAAGCCCAUGAAACUUUGUGUGCUCAUUAAUUAUAGUAUUUUAUGUUUUAAGUAUUAUCAAAGCUGUCUUAUUUGGUACCUCUUGGUUAAACGACCCUGUGUUUGGUUGUGGGCUCUGAGAUUCUAGACUUGGUCCAAUCAUACUUUUUAAUUAUUUUAUUAUCUUUCAUGGUAGUUUUAUUUGAUUGAAAAAGGGAUAUUAAUUUCUAAUUGUGUAACCAUGGUGGUGUUUUUUUGUUAUCUGAACCAUGUAUUAAAAACAUCAGACUACUACU